AUAGUGUUGUGCCUGCGAGGAGCUAUAAACUUCAGUAAGCUAGGGGCAAAGUUACCAAGAGGUGUACUGCUUGUAGGUCCACCAGGGACAGGAAAAACCUUACUAGCUCGUGCUGUGGCAGGAGAAGCUGGAGUACCCUUUUUUUCUGUUUCUGCUAGUGAAUUUGUUGAAAUGUUUGUUGGAAGAGGAGCUGCUCGUAUUAGAGACCUUUUCAGUGUAGCAAGAAAGAAUGCUCCUUCAAUCAUUUUCAUUGAUGAACUUGAUGCUGUCGGAGGAAAGCGUGGCAGGAGUUUCAAUGAUGAGAGAGACCAAACUUUGAAUCAGGUUAUGUAAGUUCAUAUAGAGUCAGGAGCCAAAAGGGCAACAAAAUUGACCAAAAAUUCCAAAAGGGCAAACAAUCUAUGGAGGAAACCAAAAUGGUAAAGGCGCAGGGGCCCAAGUGCCUUCCCUUUACUCUGUUAAUGGCAUUAACCGACAAAAAGAGGAAGACACAUGACGGCAUGUGCCUUGCAUUCAAAAAAGAAAGGUAAAUGACAUUUUGCGCCUUACAGGUGCUAUCAGACCCCUUUUUUCAUCUAAUUAAUGAAAUGUAUUUUAUAGCCAAACGGUUAACUUAGUAUUUGACUGCGAACAUUCUAAAUUUAAUUUAAAGUUAUGUUUCAAAUUUGAAAAACAACUUAUAGUUUGUUUUCUAAUUGACUUUAAAAUAAUAGCACAUUCAAAUUUAAAUAUUAUUUUAGAUAUUAUAAAAAGUAUAACCAAUUACUAUAAAAUUUUAUGUUAUUGGAUCCGUGCACAACACGGGCUAUCGUAACUAGUAUAAAUUAUAAGUAUGAAAAAGUUAAGGCGCGGUAAAAAUAAAUUGGAAAGAAUGUUAAAAACAAACACAACAAAGUUUUUAAAAUACAAUAUAAUUUAAAUAACAAUCAAAACAAACAUUACAUUGUAUUUAGACUAACAAUACAGUACAACCAUCCGAACAAGGUGUAAAUUAAAAGAAUGAAAAAGGAAAGAAUGUUAAAAUA